UCCUCCACUGAUAAACUGCCUCCUUCCCCAGUGGUGCUUGUGCAGCCCAACAUCUCUCUCAGUGCCCCAGAUGGAGGGCUGUUCUGGGGGCCUCAGGGGCCAGAGGUGACCUGGGGCCACAGCCUUUCCCUCAUCUGCUCUACUGAGCCACAGCACCAAGGAGGCUCCUUCCACCUCAUCUUUGAUGGGUCUAACAGCACCAGGACUCAGCUCGCCAUCAACCACUCAGCCUCCUUCUACAUUCCUGAGGCAGACUACUCCCACCAGGGCAACUACAGCUGUGUCUAUGAGGUCACUGUGUCCAGCCGCACCUUCAAGUCAACACAGACAGCACCACUGACAGUCAUUGUAAGAGGUAAACAUCCAGCACUUAAUUGUCUAUUCAGUAUUAUGUUUGUGUGUUAGUUUUCUUGUUGUUUUCUCUUGUAAUUCCCUGGUCCUUUUCCAGCAUCCCUGGCACCCAUCAUUGCAUCUGGGGUGAUUUCAGGGUUGUUCCUAUACACUGCAAAAAGUGAUUUUCAAGAAAGGAGAAUUUACUUAUUUUGGGGAAAUUAAUCUGGGUUUUUUUCUUGUUUUAGGCACUGAUAGAAAAAAUAUCUUGUUAUCGGCCAAAAGUCAAGCUUGUUUUUAGAAUAUAUGUCUUACUUUUUCUAAGCAAGAAUUUGCAGCUUAUUUUGAGUUCAAAUGAUCUAGAAAUGAGAUCAACUUUUGUUCAGCAUCUGAGCAACCAGGUUGUCUCCUUAUUUUAAGACAUAUUCUUGAUUUAAGAAUGAUAUUUUCUUAAAUCAAGAACACAGUGAGCAAUGUCAAAGAAACAUCAUUAUUGCAAAAAAUAAAAUCUAACCAAAUAUUAUUCAUCUUAUAUUAAGAACAAAAAUCUUAUAUUAAGUAUGCUUAUGAUGUUCUCUCGAAAGAUAAUUUUGACUUAAUUUAAGAAGAUUUUGACUUAUUUUAAGAAGUCUAAGCCGCAGACAAAUGGAGGUGCACUGGCAGACAAAUUUGCUUGUUUUAGGGCAAAUUUGCUUAACGCACUGCCGGACAAGCUUGUUUUCAAGAUGAGACAUCUUAUAUUAAGAACAAAAAUCUUAUUUUAAGUAGGCUAGGCCUAUGAUGUUCUCUCGAAAGAUCAUUUUGACUUAAUUUAAGAAGACUUUGACUUAUUUUAAGAAGUCUACGCCGCAGACAAAUGUAGGUGCACUGGCAGACAAAUUUGCUUGUUUUAGGGCAAAUUUGCUUAACGCACUGCCGGACAAAUUGGCUUGUUUUCAAGAUGAGACAUCUUAAAAUAAGUCAAACCCUUAAUUCAAGUCAAAUAGCCUAGCCUGCUGAAAACAAGGUCCAUAGAUUUCUUUGAUCUUGAUAUAAGUUAAUAACACUUGUUGGAUUGUAUUAGAUAAACAGUUUUUGCAGUGUGAAAAAAUUAGCAUUUAACCUAGCCUACACAGAUUCUAAUGAUCACUUUGCUGCAACAUCUUCUCAAGUGUUGAUAUGCUUUCAAAAUUCAAAUGAAGAUUUUUUUAAAGCAAGCGGAAGAAUGGACGAGUCCAAACAAAUGUGUUAUCAAAAUGAAUGUUAUUGUCCAUAUACUAAUACAUAAGUGCAUUUAUCUAAAAUACUUGAAAGUACAGUGUCAAUUCAAUACAAAUUGGAUCAAUAUCGAAGAGGAAUGCAAAGUACAUUUUACAUUUAUUUGGAUUAGGCUACCCACCCUCCCCCUUUCGGUGGGAAAGCACUUGGUACAUUCCACCUGUUUGGUUUGAGCCAAAGCCAUCGAUAUCUCAAAGUUGCGACAGCCGUUGACUUCCAUGUUAAAGCCAGAUUAGAGCGGUCACGUGGUUAGUGGGUAGACUCAGUAGUUCCCUCGGUCCCUGGUUUACUACGGGAUUGACAGCAGCGAUCGCAUUAAUAUUUACGGUGAAUACUCGAUGAAAAUGACUAUAAACUGCAUUUCCACAUACAUAUACAUUACUCAAUGAAAAUGCAUUAUUAUGCACACGACUAUAAGUCAUGUAGAAAAGUCGUAUUAUAUUCAUUCAUUCUCAAUGGAAUAGUUCCCGGAAGUGCCGCCAUUGUUUGUUCACGGGAGUCAACGGUAGUGUCGCAACUUUGAGAUAUCGAUGGCUUUGGUUUGAGCGAGCCAGGUUUGGGCGCGUAUUACUUCUAACGUUUGCAAAUUGCAUUGCGUUUGAUGAGAAAAGUGAAGUGACCGAGAAGAGGAAUUUAAGUGUUGCCAGUGCCACAGAAUUUAUUGGACAUGGAAGAUUUCGACGAAGUAACACUUGCCAUGCUCAGAGAGCACUUUCUUCGACGAAAAGAUGUUUGGCUCAAAAUCCACGUGGAGGACCAAAUCAUGGAUGAGUUUCGUCAAGUUGUUGAAAAGGACAACAUUGACUUCUUGAAAGACUUGAGAGAAAGAUGGGAUUUGUUCUAUAGUAAGGUCCAAUACUAUGGAGUGGUGAAGCAUGUAAUGAAGGCCCCCCUGACCAUGGACAGUGUUGAACAUGCCAUCGCUGUCUUCACCGCUUUACCGCAGCUCUUUCCAUCAAACUCGAAGACACGCAGCCAAAUUGAGGCAAUUUUCCAUGUUUUAACGCCCUCGGAGAAUCCGGACGCUUUCCUGCGCACACAAGCAUACCCAGUUGUCCUGUUGGGAGAAGAAAACUGCCUUCUCGCCAUUGGAGCAUCAACAUUGUGCACGUUUCCAUGUGAGAAAUUUCAUGAAACGCUGCUUUACCUCAUGGGCUGUUACUAUGUUUUCCACCUACAUUACCCAAAGACAAUCUGCACACUCCUCUCGGUGAUACAGACUGAAGUGGUCGGGGACACACUCCAUGAUGGCGAUGUCACCCCUUCCUACAGGAAGGCCAUCGGAGAGUGGAAGGCCUUCUUAGAAUGAACAGGUGUUCAACUGAUGCUCUUUUUCAUGUACCCUUCCUCGCUAUCUUCCUUUCUCUCUCUUUCCACGUUAUCUCUCUUUCUCUGUUCUUUCCCUUUUUCUCUGUCAUCUCUCUCCCCCUCUUUCUCUCAUCCCUCUUUGUCCCCCUAGUCUCUCUCUUCCCACCCCCCAAUCUUCU